AAAUGUAAUCAAGGCCUAUAGAGGAAGUCGCUAGCAAUGGGUCAUGAAAACACGAAGAUUGACACGAAAUUGGGGGUGAUGUAGGGCACUAAGGGCCUCAAUUACGGGAUGAUCGUGUAAUAACAACACCUGUUCUUAAUCGACCUCCAACCAGGCGCCGUAUAACGAGGAUACGGGGGUAAAUUCAUUCAGAGAACAAAGUGAAAAGGAAGACUGUCAAUUCGAGUGGAUUCGUCUCCUCUGCAUGGGAAAUUCUUGAUGAUUGCAGACUAAUUAUCGAUGUGGGAAUGAGGAAGAGCUUCGACUUAGGACCAUUACUACAACGGGCCGUGGAGUAUGGGGCCAUGUGAUCCUCACAGAGUGAGAGACGGAGUAUCAACUUACAAGCGAACGCUCGGAUGAGGUGUUAUGAGGAAGAGAGCGACCUGUGGCCGAUUCAGAGGACGGCAGUUUAAUUUUAAGUUUUCGUGUAUUCUUGAUAUUGUACUGGAUUAUUUAACUUCAUAAAUUCGUCGGUAACCUUCUAAAUGUUGCACAGAUCGAACCAUUUUCGCUUGGAAAGUUUUAUGUGCAAAUUCUGCUCAUGAAGGUGACAGUUUGUUUUGAAGAAGUGCGAGUGAUCGUACCGUGUGGCGAUGGCGAGAUCUUGGUUCGAGAACUCAUUGAUAAAGCGAUUACUAGAUACAAAAAAGCAACGGGAAAGAGCAACAACCACUGGGUGUCUGUCCACAAUGUCAAGGCCAUUAGUGGAGGCGGUAUCCUUGACCCUGAUGACCAGCUCAAUGAUGUGGUGGACGACAGAGAGCAGUUGAUAGCCGACUAUGAGGAGCAAGGACGCCCGGGACUGCACCACAACGGCGGGGAUGGGGCCUCCGCCUCCUCCACGGGGACUGCCAGUCCCGAUAUCUUCCAGACAGGGGACCUUUCCAAUGCCAUACACAGACCGUUUCCUAUCUCACUACAGAACGGCAAGACGGACGUCAUCGUUACUCCGAGGGAUUUGUCUCUAGGUACAUCUCUGACAGUACGGCGGGGCAGUGAGCCAGCUCUCAACCUACUGAUCGAUGAAGGCCCACUUGAAAACGGAGACACAAGUCUUGCACUUGGCCGAGGAAGGAAGGAAUCUCACCAGGAGAGUGAUGAACCAAGAUCAGAAUCUGAGUCGGAUGAUGAACAGGUCAUUUCUCGGCCAAAGGAUCCCAAAGAAAAGAGUCCACUGUCACGGUUUCAGCGUGACUCCAAGCGGCAGUCUCUCAGCAACAACCCUGAAAUGUACAGAUGGCUGGACGCCCACGACAACCAACAGGACCGUCUCAAACAGCAGGUGGUUGUGGAGAGGAAAGGUCCAAUAGGUGGCAGUGGUACUGAAGCCGACCUGAAACCUCAACACAAAGACAGUGAUGGUGCUAUUAUUAUUGUGCUGAGGAAUGAUGGAGGGCCUCUCGGAAUACAUGUCAUCCCCGACAUCGAUGAUGACGGAAAAGAGUUGGGGCUGGUGCUACAGGGUAUUGAGAAGGGAGGCCGUAUUGAACGAGAUGGGAGAUUACGGGUGAAUGACAGGAUCAUCGAGAUCAACGGCAAAAACCUGGAAGGAGUCAGCUUCGACAGUGCCCAAAGAAUAUUUCGUGACGCUAUGAGAACAGCAGAAGUAAGACUGAAAGUUGUGAAACAUCGAGCUCCUCCCCCACUGCCAAAACAACCACCGCCCCUCAUGCCAAAACCCAAAGGUCAUGCGCCAGUGAAACCUUCACCUUUGACCCUUCCCCCACCCAAGGGAGAUAACUCUCUUCCCUCAAGUCCAGAAAAGACAAGCUCUCCAUUGGAGGGGGGAAAGUCUUUAAUAAAUAAUAACAAUGUGAAUGAAAAGAAUGUAAACCUGAACAUGAUGAACAAUAAUCAAGGCAAUCAAAUCCCGGGUUCCCCUCUUCCACCACGAGACAAGCUGCCUAUCCAACCAGGUCCUCCACUGAAGGUGGCAUCGCCUACCAAGAAAACACCGCCGGCUGUUCCCCAGCGCCACCCGUCCACAACGUUGUCAGCACCAAAAGAACAAGCAAUCAACACUCUCACAAAUACUCGCAAAAUUGGAAGGAAAAUCCAGAUUCAGUUGCAGAGAGGUGCUCUCGGACUUGGGUUCAGCAUCACGUCGAGAGACAACCCCACGGGGGAGAGUCCCAUCUACAUCAAGAACAUCCUAGCCAAGGGGGCAGCAGUGCAGGACGGAAGACUCAAGCCAGGAGACAGGUUGUUGGAGGUGAACAGCGUGGAGAUGACAGGCAAGUCCCAGAGUGAGGCUGUGAGUCAGUUGCGAAGUAUCCCAGAAGGCCACAUGUGUAAUCUGGUCGUGUCAAGACAGGAAGUUGUGGACGAGCUGUUUCGCAUGCCCCGAGAGCUGAGCGAUGAAAAAACACCCCCUGUCUUGCAGCCCGGGGAAGCUACAGUGGAGGAUGCCGCUGUCCCUAACAUGAAAAACAAGGAAGUGAUCAAAUUCGAAAUCCCACUAAACGACACCGGGUCAGCCGGGCUCGGCGUCAGCGUCAAAGGAAAGACAUCAAGUACAGCAGAGGGAACCAAAGAUUUAGGAAUUUUCAUUAAAUCUGUGAUGAAUGGUGGUGCAGCCUCCAAGGACGGACGUCUGCUCAUCAAUGACCAACUUCUAGAGGUUCACGGCAUCCCACUGACCAACAUGUCCAAUGUCAAGGCCAUGGAUCAGCUUCGACGUGCCAUGCAAAUUGACGGACCAAUGUGUGGAUUCAUUUUGUUGACAGUUGCUAGGAAAAUCGGUGCUCCUUCUCCGUUUCAAUCAAGUGAAAAUUCACUGGACACAACCGACGGAAGUCAGUUUGAAGUGCUUAACCAUGGGAUAACGAUAUAUGGGGAAAAGAGUCAUAGUCGGUCCUCUAGUGGGGAUAAUGGCAUCUUCACAAGGGGAGAUAAUUCUGGUCAAACAAGGGGAGAUAAGUCUGUCCGAACAAGGUCUGAUGCUGGCGGGAAUGAACAGCCAAAUGGUGUUAAUAGGACUAAGCCCUCCAAUUUGGCUGUGGAUAGGCUGAUUACUGGUGAUGGCGGAAAUGGGUUGCGUAACGAGUCCUACAACAGGGCAACGCAUGAAAGUUUCGAGGUGACGCCGGAGAGUUCCCCUGCCAAGCCGUCACAGCCGGGUAAAGUGGGUGGACCUAUACGACAAGAUGUUGUCAUCAUUGAGGAUGAUAUGUAUGCCAUACCAAGAAAGCGGCAGCCACCGCCACGGCCCCAUUCCACAUUGGGGAUCCCCCACAUUUCCCCCUCCCACUCUCGGAGCUCCAGCUUGGAGGACUACAACGACCGCCAACACCAUCGCGAGUCAGCCAGUGACUGGAGCAGCGAACUGCAGGAGCAUGAUGAACUGAGCCCUACAGGAGACUUUGAGUUCCACAGAGAAGGCUUUGGGCGCCAGAGCAUGUCAGAGAAACGGAAAGGUCACAUCGACCCUCGGGGAAGCGAGUUCUAUCAGCGAGUCAAGGAAACAAGGGACACCAAAGAGAAAUUUCAGGCUCGGAGAGUUCAGUCAUUUCAUGUAUCAGAAAAGCAUUAUGCUGUGCUGCUUGUUAGUCUGUUCGUUUGGUCACUGUAUAUAUUGAGUUUUGUUUUUAAAGCAUGUAUGAGCAAUGUUGUUUUGUUAUUGUUGCUGACAAGCAUGUGUUUACCAACAGGCCUGACUGAGCCCUGGGACUUGCAUGAAGACUCACCGAGACUGAAACCCAGUGGUUCCAUGGAGUCGCUGUUGUCAAAUAGAACUAACAACAAUCUGCAUGAACCCACCCACCCCAGUCAGCACAACCGCCCCUUUGCUCAAGCCCAGACUCGGCAGUCAAACCUCAAACGAUCGUCCUCUUUCGAAGACUUGGCCUCUGAUAAUGUUCCUCAGAUGGAAGUGGAGGAGAUACCAACGUGGAGAUUUGCUCGCAUUGGGCGACCUCGAGCCUGCAAUGAUAGUUUCCGGGCUGCUGUAGAUCGGUCCUAUGAUGCACCAACAUCGGAACACAACGUUAUGGACACAUCUGGUUAUGUGGAGGAGGAGAGCAUGGACAGCGGAUCACUCAAUCACACCCAGUCAAAUUCUGCCAGGUCUUCCUUUAGUAGCGAAAACACCAAUGAAGACUUCCACAGUCUCAGGAAAAAGAAACACAAAGACAAGAAAGGAGGGGGGAUCCUCAAGGGGCUGAUCAGGCUCAGCAAAGGACGGAAAUCCAGUGAGGAGAAUAUUCGCAGGUCAAGAUCAGCGGAACGACCGUCCGAUAGCGAUGUCCGAGCCCGACAGUUGGAUCAAGAGAGAGUCUUGCUGGCGCAGCAGGAACAAGAGAGAAUUAGAGAGUUUGAAGCCAAAAGACGUCAGCAGAUGGAAAUGCUUGAACAACAGCAGCUGAAACAGCAGCUAAAACAACAGCAGCUGUUGGACCAGCAGCAGAAGCUCAUGCAACAGAACAGGCCCAUGUUUUAUGAUCCCCAGUAUAACCAGGAAGGAUUUUCUCACCCAGCCGACCGUGGAAGGGGUGGGGCCGACCAUGGGGGUGGGGCUGACCGAGGGGGUGGGGCCGACCGUGGGGGUGGGGCCGACCGUGGGGGUGGGGCAGACCGAGGGGGAGAACAGCGAGGGGGACAGAGUAGGGCAGAGAAGAUACAAAAGCUUAGGGUACAGCAUCAGCAACAGCACCGGGAACGACAGGGGCAGUACCCACAUGAAGACGUGGAAGAGUUCUAUGAGAGACAGAUUCAGGAAGAGGAGAGAAAGAGGAUGAUGGAGAGAGAGAGGGAGCUGGCAGGAAGACUCAGGCCACCGAGUCGUACAGAGAUGGAGAGAGUUGCACAUGUUCGAAUGGGAUCCCAGGACAGUGCCUCCAACUUUCAUCAGUUCCCCAGCGUCAGCGACGCCAGCGGCUACUCCGAUCAGAGUCAGCACUCACACUUCUCACACAACAACUACCCCCAUCAGAGGGACCGCCCACAGUCUCGGGGGGCGGUGCAGUAUCCCGACCCCCCUCACCGCGAUCGGCCCCCAUCACGUGGACCUCAGCAGUAUGUGGACGAAUGGUACCAAACUCAGCCUGACUUUACAAAUGCCAACAGGCAGACAGCCUUCACAAGACUUAAUCCCCAAAACGGGCCCAAUUUUUAUGGAGACCCUGCCAGAGCAUAUAGAGACCCCAAAUAUCCCGCCAUCGCGGGCCGGAGGCCAGUACAAACAAUAACAGAUCCAAGUUCGGCAAAAGUGUGAUCUUUCGUCAAGGUGUAUUCUGGCAUGAAAGUCAAUUUGUGAAUCCAUGAUCUAAGAAUUUGUCCUGGAUCUUUCCUUCUAAUGGAGUUGAUGCGAAAAGAUGUGAAGUGUCCAUCUGGGUGUGUCAUGACAGACAGCAUGUGUCCAUCUGGGUGUGUCAUGACAGACAGAAUGUGUCCAUCUGGGUGUGUCGUGACAGACAGAAUGUGUCCAUCUGGGUGUGUCGUGACAGACCGAAUGUGUCCAUCUGGGUGUGUCGUGACAGACAGAAUGUGUUCAUCUAGAUGUGUCGUGACAGACAGUAUGUGUCCACCUGGGUAUUGUUUCUCCUUACCAGUGUAAACAUGCAUUUAGUAAGGAUUAAUUCUCAUGAACUCUAUAAUCAAAACAGUAUGUGACUUGGGGUGAAUGGGAAUCCAUGUUGAAUGUUAUCAUGAUGAUGUGCGUGAUUUGAUUAACAAUGAUAAUCUUAACCCUUCCUCUUAGGAAGCACUUGUAAGACAUUAUUCCAGCAAGUAUAUUUUUGCAAUAUUCACUGAAUAUAUACUUCAUGGUAUUCAAAUCACUAUGAAACUUAUUCAUUAUUUUUAGUGGUGGGAAAUCUUUUUACAUGAUUUAUCUCCCCUUGAUAAUUUGUGAUUGUG